UUAGGAGGCGGUGAAACUCAAACGUCUACGUAACGUGGUUAUAGAUAGACUCUGGAUCAUUACUCAUCUGUCUUGGGCUACCACCGAGGUAAUUCAUUCACGUCAACAGUAUUGACCAGUGCGCCUUCAGAAGCAUGACGAAUACGGGACAGUGAGUAUUAAAGAGCACCGGAGGACAGCGUGGCUGACUCGCCUGCUAUACUUGCUCGCCAUGUGCGCUCCGAGCUGCAUGUUUGCAGGCGCUUUGAAUACUUCCGGGCUGAACUGACUGGCUAUCCCUAUAAUUGCAGUCACCGGAGACCAUCAAGGGCUGGAUGCCUGUGGUAACUGGCGACUUUUACUCGCCUAUUCAUUCCUUGCCGCUUUAUGCAUAUAUGGUGGUCUUGGCCGCUGCAGUGAUCUACACUUUGCACCUUGGAAAUACCAAAUGUAUGGCAGGCGACGUUUUCAAAUACUGGAAUUACCUCACGCCAGUGUUGCUGUCUUUACAACUCAGCACCAAGGCAAUGGCUCUCUCAUCCUCAGUUAAAGCUAAGGAGGACAUCGAGUGUUAUGACUGCCUUACGUAUAAUGAAGACCACUACUGCUCCGAUCCUUUCAACAAAACCAGCAAGGUUCUGACUACGGUCAUGUGUGAAGGUUACUGUGCUAAGUGGGUUCGCGAAAUCAAACCAGGUCUUACUCGAGUGAAGAGGACAUGCUCGUCUCAUCUGAACAUUGACAUGACUAUACAUUUGGUGUGUAUGGAGGAGUCGAGACCUGGUACCGGUCACAUAUGCUUCUGUAACAAGCCACGAUGUAACGGGACUGGGCCUUCAAGAUCCACACUACAGACUGUGAUACUCUCGUGCCUCAUUCUGACAUUGCUACUUCCGCAUUUCACGCGCAUGGUUCAAUGACACACCAUUUCCGGCCCAGUCACAUUGACCACGUGACCACAGCGUUCUCCAAUGUCCACUUGGCAUGAUCAUGUUACAGAUGUUGUGAAAUGUUCAGUACUUAUGACGUAAUAAGAUGCUAUCUCUUGUGACGUUCUCAUUUUCUUGCAUAGCUUCAGCACAUACUGUUGUGUCGUAUUUUUCCUCACUUUGUCUUUUCUGUGUAUGUUACACUGAAUAUGGACGUGUUCAAUAUGGACCAUUAUAUAAUUCGGUUUUCGCGCCAGUUACUGUACUGGAUGUGUCUGUUGGAAUCAUUUGACACUAUAUCAGCAUAAUGGACUAAGGAACGGUUUGAUCGAUAUUUUCGUCUUUUCACCUUGUCAGUUGUUUUGAAUGUUUAGCACGCAACACAUCCAUUUAUAGAAGACACGUCCAACCUUCGUCUUUCAUUUAAAUAUUUAUCUUCAUGAAACCUAAAGUUUCGUCAAAUUUUAUUACUUAUUUUGGAAAACAGUGUUAGUUUCUGCAUCGAUUCAUUUAUUGCUGAUGCUUCCUGCUGUUUUUCUUUUUCAUUCGAAGUAUAAGAUUUCGUGUAGCUGCAUGCUACUGGCCAAGUUUUUUCAGUACAUUGUUGUUUAUUAUUGAACUACAUCGCGGGAAAAAGACGUGUUAUGGAUACCCAUGUAGGCAAGUGACUUGUUGAUAGUAGUGACACAUUGGAUGAGAGCUUGGCAGAUAACGUUCUCUGGCGUCAUUUGGCUUUCACAUUGUUGGACUAUAAGAAUGCUUUUAAUUGUGCAAAUUGUCGGUUACAUUUAACCCAUUGCAAAACAAAAGUUGAUUUAAACUGCAUUAUUGAUUUGAGCAUGUUAACAUAUAAGUAUGCAGCGGUUCGUGUUAUUACGUAAACUGGCGUUUGUAUUAUUAGCCUAUAAAUGCAAGUGUUUGUUUCAAUUGUGCAAACUGUUGUUUGUAUCGUUAAACUAUUAAGAUGCAAGCGCUGGAUUUCAUUGCGCAAAUUGGCGUUGGCCGUGUAACUUUUACUAUGCCUAAAUUUGCCCCGACUUCUGUAAAUAUAUGGUUUUUCCUUGUCUGCGUGAGAAUGCAUCAUAUCACAGCUGUACAGUUGAAGUGACAGACAUUUCUGUCCAAAUGUAGAAGUAGCCUGGCAAUGUCAUGUCACCAUUACACAGUUUGAGCUGUAGGUCGAUACCAGACAUCCUCUUGAAUUUUUACUUCCAAAACGUGUACUUAUGUAUACUAAUACAAAUAAAAGUAAUUUUGUUAAUA